AUGUUUGGCAGGCCUAGGUGUAGAGAAUGGACUCCUCUAACCACUCAACAACUUCGUUUGCGAAGUUUGAUUCAGAUUGUUGGUUAUAAUAUUCGCCCUCCAGAGUGGUGUACAUCUCAAUGCAGUUACUAUUUAACAUUACACCAUACAACUAUGUCGGCUCCAUUUUAUACAAGUGAAAAAAUAUCAUCACCCCAUCCCAAGUGGAAGGAAAUUGAUUCAGAAAUUACUCAACGCAUAUCAUCAACAAAUGUGGUCAUACGAAUAUGGUGUCAUGUUUUUUCACCGCCCUGCAAAGAUUUGGAAGAAAUCUGUGAUCAAAAUCAAGAUACUGUCAUUCAAACCUGGGGGGUUUAUUUCAGUGGUCUUAGAUACAUUGGCGCUAACUUAGCUCUAAAUUUCAACUCAGACUGUUUCAAAUGCAAUACCCUAGUUUUCCAAAUGCAUGGUGGUUAUUUCUGUUCCUAUAAAAGUCUCAAAUUAGAUAUUAUUCCUCCUGAAAAUGAAAUCGAAAAUGGAUCCAUAUCAUCUGACUCUUCAGAUAAGUCCAAAACUGAUAAAAGCCAUACGUUUAAAAACAUCAGAUCCUUAUCUCCGGGCAAGUUAAAACGACCAGAUAAAGAAUACUCAAAGAGCCACAGCCCUAUUGAUAAAGGAUUUAAGCAAAAUUUUGCAACAUUAAGGCCAUCAUCUAGUUUAAAUAUAAGUCGGAAACGGGAUGACAGCACAGAAAGGAAACAAGACAUCAAUCAUAUAUAUGAACAUUCGCCGGAUUUAGUUAAAGAAUUUAGAACCAGUGAUCUCAAUUGUGAUAUAAGUUUUGAACAGGACGUGUCUAGUAAAAUUGAUUUAAGCGAAACGGCCGAGAGCUACGAUUUGAGGAAUGAAACAGAUGGCGUGCCUAAAUAUCGUUAUUUAGCAUUAGGCUUCCUUAAGUCCGAAAUAAGGCCGAGUUAUAACGCGACCAAAUUGCAGAACCUCCAUUUAUUACAAUAUGCGAUAAAGAAACGUCAGGAAGCAGUGCAGGAGAUAAAGGAAAGAAUAUACAAUAAAUCGGCUUUGGCAGAUACACAGCCGGAGUUCCAUGGACCGUUGAAGAUUAAAAGUAGAUCCCAAAGGAAUCUUUUUUCGCCGCUAGAUGAUGUUUUGCAAAGGGAAAAGCCUUCGCAAAACGAUGUAACGAAAAAUGGGAAAAUUAAGGAAGAAAGAACAUCAGUGUCGAAUGGACCAAGACUGACGCUGAAGUUGAAUGACUUGCUUUCAUACAAAUCUAAACCCUCUCCUUUCCAAAGGUCAGAGCAUGUUAGACUAACAAAGCAAUUGGAAAUACUGCACUUCAAGCGACUUAUACUGUCGGACGAAAGAGAUAGCAAAUUGGCUAAUAUACGAAGACUGAAAGAGAGGCAUUCAAAGCUGUUUGAAGAGAACCAAGAUGUUGGUUCAGAGCUAAUGACUAACUACCACACUUUGUCUCGUUGCACCGAGGCUCUUAAAGAGUUACGCGACUCUUGCGCAGCAUUGCGAGAGCUUGCGGCUCGCAAUCACGCUGCAUUGUGCAACUGCCGCAGCGAUUUGUUACUCCAUUUACAGAAGAUAUUCUAUAUACAACAAAGGGAUGCCACAAACUGGACGAUCAUAGAUGUGCCGCUGCCGAUCUGUGGGGAUGAAACUCGCGCCACCAAUCCGGUUCCUGAUAGCGUUGCUACUGGUUUUGUGGCCCAAGCCACUAUUCUAGCCGCAGCAAUUUUAAAUCAACCACUUCGCUAUAAGAUUACGUUAUUGGGCUCCGCUAGUAAGAUAUUAGAUGUUACGCCUGACUUACCAGACCCUAACAUACCCCUCUUUGCCAGAGGGGGGGACAUGACACUCUUCCGUUACGCCAUGUUCCUUCUAAACAAGUGCAUAGCGCAAUUGUUGUGGGGACGAGGCCUGUCAGUCCACGAUAUGAGACCCACCUUGGCCAAUCUACAGCGGCUUCUCAUCACGCCUUGUAACUUGUGA